AUGUCCUUAUUUUCUUCUUCAGGUCUUCACGAGACAGCUAGCUGCCUAGAGCGAGAGGCUAAACUUAAGCUACAGCAGCCUGCGCCCUUACCGCUACCAAUUUAUGAUGAGUCACAUCGGGUUCUUGAAGAAACACCACCGCAUCUGCAUUCUUGUUGCACCCCUUCUGCCUCUUCUGUCAGCUCUGCUAGCACAAUUGCUGCUACUGUUCUUAGCUCUGGUAACAGUAAUGAUAAUGUUUAUGUCAACAACAGCCUUUGUAAUGCAUCGGAGAAUGUUUCUACUGUAUCGGGACCUCUAAGUGAAAUCGCUAUUGUUAAUCUGGCUACACCGAAUCUUAGAUUUACUAAGUCUCGAGCAACUCAUCACUCGGCUGUUAUCCAGACGCCCAAGGUAUAUCAUUCCCCACAUACACCAACCUCCAUUUAA